CCAGCAUUACUACAAAACACUGCACCAACCCCCCGCCUCACUUCACACAACCUCUCCCUCUCGCCCAAAAUGCCGCCCCCCUCAGAUCCCCAUGCGACGAGUCGGUCUUUCCUGCUGGAACUCCCCACCGAGCUCCGCCUCGCCAUCUACGACUUCGCCCUCUCAGAUCCCGACUCUAUCACCAUCACCAGCGCCCCCGUCGCCGGCGACGACCCCAGGGCACCCGAUUACAUCCCUCGCAACGCGAUCCCAGGCCUGCCCGCGCACCACGUCCCGCUCGUGCGCAGCUGCUACGACGCGUCGCUACUCUCCAUUAUCAACCCCAUCUCCGUCGAUAAACCCCAAGACUGCGGCUCCAAUGGCCACAGCGGCUUCCCACACCCCACCUCCUUUGCGCUGCUGCAGACCAGCCGCCAGAUCAACGUAGAAGUCGCCGAGCACAUCCGCUUCCGCGCGCCGAAGAGCACAAGCUCAGGGCUCUCCCUAUACGCGUCCUACCCGCACGGCCUGCUGGUGCUGAAAGCGCUGUAUCCGAGCCUGCUGCGCCAGGCGCGUAGCGUGCAUAUUUGCGGGUACUAUACGCUGAAACCGCAGGAGUCAACAACAUCCAUCAACUCUUCGAGUUCGUCAAUAAGCUCUACGGCCUCGGCCUCGACCUCAAUGUCUGCGACUAGCAACGGGUCUGAUAGCAGUUCGACUCAGACUUCAGCAGCGGAUUUGGCGACCUCCGCCGCCGCCUCGUUCAGGGUCAAUAUGCAAGGCCGCCGUCCCCGAGUCCGCCUUCCCACGCCGCCGCCUCAUCCGGUCCAACAUCAGCCGCAUCCCGCUGAGACGACGACCCUCGCGGGCUCCGCUAUGGCGUCGCUGGUUCGCACGCUGCUCCCGCCUGCACCGACCGCUGGUUCAACCCACCCACUACCUCCGCCUCUAUUCAAGAAUUUGGAGCUAAGGGUGUAUUAUCCCGAUGAGUGCGCAUACUCGCAGGUGUGGUCAGACGAUGGCUCGCCAGUCAUCGACACGUUGCGGAAUACGUCUGGCGGGUUGAUCGAUAUGGAAGUCUGGCGUGGGCGGAGAGGCUGCGGGGUUGCAGUGAAGGUACGGCCGAAUCCGGGCGGUCGGGUAGUGAGUACCGUGUGGAGGCGGUUUGAAGACGCGGGCGGGAUUGGAGGAAGGGCGAAGGAGGGAAUUUGGGUGCUAGGAGAGGACUGGGGGAAGGGCGAGGUUGCUGGUGGGGUGGAGCGGAGAUGAGGUUCUUUGUUUGUGGUUGGUGGACGUGCGAGUUGGAUGGUUGAGUACAUGCGUGCUUGUGGGCAUUGUUCUUAUGAAUAAGCUCAGCCGAUGGAUGGUUGGAGUGGCACGGUAUAUACACACUUUUAUCUACUCCAUUCUUGUUUAAAUUACAUAUCUCUCUAUCACCUUCAUGAACUACGCACCUGCUGAAUUGAUUUCUCGUUAAAGUUUUCUACCUUCCCAUAUUCAAUCUUCUCAUACUACAAACACUUAGUCUCUGGAAUCACCUGACCUCGACGUGCACCGAGCACAGACGCAUCCACACGUCUU